GGGUACACCAUCCAGGCCCCGCAGCUGGACAUCAACACGGUUGCGGCGGGCGGUGGCAGCCGCCUCUGGUUCCGGAACAACAUCAUGGAUGUGGGCCCCGAAUCCGCGAAGGCGCACCCGGGACCGGUCUGCUACAAAAAGCACGGCUACCUCGCGGUCACCGACGCCAACGUAAUUCUCGGCCGGGUGUUGCCGAUGUACUUUCCGAAAAUCUUCGGGGAAAAGGAGAACGAGGCACUGGACAGGGAGCUCGCGUAUGGAGAGCUCGAGAAAAUGAUAAUGAUUUCUUCCGGUAAUAAGGAGAAACAAUCAUCUAUUUCCGCGUACCCCGUCGAGGACGCGGCCGCGGGGUUUCUGAAGAUCGCGAACGAGAAGAUGUGUCGCCCGAUUCGGGAGCUCGCGGAAUCGCGGGGUUUCGACGUUAAAGCGCACGUGCUUGCCUGUUUCGGCGGGGCGGGCCCGCAGCACGUGUGUCAGAUCGCGAAGCAGCUUGGCAUCGAGAAGGCCUUCGUACACAAGCACUCCGGGAUUCUGUCCGCGUACGGGAUGGGCUUGGCGGACGUCAGCAAGGAGUUUUCGAUCGCAGCGGCGACUGUCGAGGGUCUGGAUUGCGUCCUGAAAAAGCAGCCUGGUGAUUUUUCCUCCUCGUUGCCGUCGAGAAAUCUGCGUGAAAAAAGCAGACCCGCGACACGUGCGACUACUACUCACCACGAUGCCCCCUAUGCGCAGCAAGUCAGCCUCUUUGAGAAAACCUUCGAGCAGCUGGAGCGACAAUGCCGCCAGGUGUUGCGCGAAGCGGGAUUUGAAAAGGACGAAGAUUGCCUGUUCCAGUUUUACCUGCACUUGCGCUACCGGGGGAACGACAACCUGCUGAUGGUAGAAGCAACUGCACCAGCAGCACCAGGACUGGACAGAGCUUCGGAGACCAUAAACUUGAGUAGCUCGAAAAAAUCUUCACCGCGGCCCUGGCUCUUCGAUUUCCACGGAGCCUUCAAGCGGUUAUUUGCGCAGACCUAUGGUUUCGCGCUGGCCGACACGCGCGAAAUUCUUGUCGAGGAUUUCCGCGUCAAGGGAACGGGCAGGAUUCAGGACAAGAUACUGGUAAGGAAGGAGGACGCAGCUCAUGCUUCCUCGAAAAAUAAGGCCGACGUCGAGGAUACACUAACGGAACGGAAACAAAACAAGCCUUCAUCUUCUCCGAAGCGCAUGAAAACUGUGAAACAAGAACAACACGACGAUCCGUUUCCGCAGCGCAGACACGCCCGCUGUGCCGCGGUCCACAAAAUGUACGAUGCGGAGGGGAGAAAGUACGUCAGUGCGCCGGUAUUCUUCGUUUCACCGCCCAAGGAAAAUCCUCUUGCGACCGGCAGAAACACGACGGGCUUCUUGGGAGAAGUAUCUGCACACAUGGACACAGAGCAACCAAUUACUGUGUCAUCGGACAGAACGGUCGUGACAUUUGCUUCUGAAAAGGAGAAAUUGAUGAAGAAUCCGAAUCUUCUGUUGGACGAGCUUCAUGCGUCGGGAAGAAGAUCGAGUGAUACUCAUCUGCUUAGUUCCUCCUCGACAAAAACUCCAACUCUUCAGCCGGGCGACCUCAUAGCGGGUCCCGCUUGGAUCCUCGAUGCUACGACCACGUGCGUCGUCGACGCCGGCUGCUUCGCCAGGAUAAACGCCGAGUCGAGCAUCGAACUCACGAUUCCCCGAGCGGUGGACUCCACAAUCACCCCUGCGGAGCUGAGCAGCUUGCAGACGCUUUCCACCGACUGCGGGAAGAGUAUAUUGGCAUGGGGGGACGACGUCUUGCAGGAUCAGAGGGGAAGGGAAGUGACGGAACAAAUAAGCAAGCCAGAUGCAGCACCAGCCGCUGGUGCGCGAGAAACAGUGUUGUCAGAGCGUGAACGAGUACAACCACUUGGUUGUAUGCAAGUAGUACGAACAAAGGAGAAGGCUUCUAAAUCACCGCCAACAGCUGCAAAAAGUAGUGAGACACCUUCACCCACUCAUGUACUGCGCCCGGACUCCGCCACCCUCUCAGUUUACGGACACCAAUUUAUGUCGAUUGCGGAGCAGUGUGGUCGGGUGCUGCAACGAACGGCGGUGUCGGUGAACAUCAAGGAGCGUUUGGAUUUCUCGUGUGCGAUCUUCGAUAAGGACGGGAACCUGGUUGCCAACGCGCCCCACGUGCCCGUGCAUUUAGGUGCCAUGGCGGAGACCAUUAAGGCGCAGAUUUUGCUGCGAAAAAGAGAGCUCGAGGAGUAUGCGCGCAACGGUGCGACCACUAGUACCAGCACAGCAGGAGCACCAGAAGGUCGUUCUACUGCAACAGAAUCAGCAGCUGCGGCAAGAAGCAAUAUUGGGAGCUGCAAAAUAAAACCCGACAAGGAUAGCACCUUCGCGUGGGUAACCAACGACCCCUUUCUCGGUGGUAGCCACUUGCCGGACGUAACGGUGAUCACGCCGGUAUUUGAGGACGAGGAAACAACAAGCGGUACAACGCGUGAGCAUCAAGAGGCCGAAGUACGAGCACUGUCAACAACAAGAAGUGCGAACGAAAAGGAAGACGCACGAACUUUGGUGAACACACCACGAGCUACAAAACCACAUCGUGAACUCCUCUUCUUCGUUGCGUGCCGGGGCCACCACGCGGACAUCGGGGGCAUUACCGCGGGUUCGAUGCCCGCGAGGUCUACCAAGAUAACGGAGGAGGGGGCGCUAAUCACCUCUGAAUUUUUGGUGAAGGGGAACGAAUUUCAGGAGCAGAAAAUGCGGGCGCUGUUCCGCGAAUCCCGCAACCUGGACGACGUCAUUUCCGACCUGAAGGCGCAGGUCGCAGCCAACUUCAGGGGGAAGGGCCUGUUGCUGAGUCUGCUGCGGCAGAACGGGCGGGACACCGUGCUGGCGUAUAUGAAACAUGUGCAGCAGUGGGCCAAGGGAGCGGUGCAGCAGAUGUUGAAGCAGUUGUGCUCACAGUACGGCAAGAACGAGUUUUCCGCGGAGGAAUACAUGGACUGUGGAACGAAAAUCCAGUUGAAAAUCACCAUGGAGGAGAGGAAUCGCGAGGUGCAUGGUGGUGAUGAAGCUGGUUGUGGUUCAGCUUCUCCUUAUGAAAAGAUAGCCUCUGUUUAUCACAGGGUUAAGCGCUUCAUUCUUAAAAAAUUCAUUUGUCAAAAAAAAAAUUUUUUUUAGUAAGGUUUGAUGCACAGGAAGCUUCGCCUUUUCCACGACACCGGUUCCGCAGUUGUGACGAAUCCACGGGGCAGAUGUACUCCAGGAGAACGGCAGGAUGGUUUGUUGAUUUUUAUGAAUGAUAAUACUAACUAGAAUGGAGGCACAGCUAGCUAGAUAAUUCAAUAGCAUUCAAAAGAUGUAAAUGAAGGAUCAACUCAGCAAACGAGACAGGAAGAACGUGGCUGUCAGGCAGCUGAUGGUCAACGGGGAAUCGUGGCUGUGUCUGCGCGUUCCCAUUUACUGGAGAUACCGGGGCAUUCGUGGUGGAGCACAGCUGCUUCGCCACGAUGUAAGUCCGUGGAUUCGGGCGAAUCCACGGACUUACAUCGUGGCGAAGCAGCUGUGCUCCACCACGAAUGCCCCUUUGCAGCGUCUGCCGGAGAUCCACAAGCUCCAAUCCGUUUACCGGCCGUCGACUCCGCAGCUCCAGUCGCAGUUGUACACCAGAGCUUACAAAAGGGGUCCGCUAUUUCUAUUCAAAAUCAGUGAUGUUAUUUAAUCUAACUAGCUGUGCCUCCAUUCUAGUUAUUUUACACUUUCAUAUCAACCAGCAGCAAGGUUCAGUCGUCGUUCCACUGGUCCAGGAGGUGCAGGUACCGCAAUCGCCGUCGUCGACACGUAGCAGAUGAUGCUGUAAACAACACCAUCAAACCUCACUAAAAAAAAUUUUUUUUUUGACAAAUGAAUUUUUUAAGAAUGAAUCAUUUAGCCCUGUGAUACUGUUGCACCUCCCGGAGACGCGAGCGAAAAGCACGACACCGCGACUUCCAAUCACGCACUACCAAGCCCAAGAACAGGAAGUCCGCAGCGCAAGGACCUGCAACUUCUUCCCGCCGCGAAGAGACGCAAAGUUAGUCAGGGGUCCCCUGCUGGUGUCGAAAAGCAGGACCAGAGUCGUGGAGGUCAGGAUUUUUUCCAAGCGGUUUUUGAUUUCACCGGCACAGGUCCGGAGCGCCCCGACUCGAACAUCAACGCGCCGUCGGCAAUCACUUCGGCCGCGAUUAUGUACUGUCUCCGGUCCCUCGUGAAGCAGGACAUACCGCUGAAUUCCGGGUGCCUGCUCCCGGUGAAAAUUCUUCUGCCGGAGAAGUCCCUGCUCAACCCGAGCAACAAUCUGGCGGUGUGCGCUGGGAACGUCACCACCUCCAUGCGCAUCGUGGACGUGAUUUUGAAAGCGUUUCUGUCCCAAGCAGCCAGCCAGGGCUGCAUGAACAACGUCACCUUUGGCACGAAAAAUUUUGGGUACUACGAAACCAUCGCGGGCGGACACGGAGCGGGGCUGCACUGGCACGGGACCAGCGCAAAGCACGCACACAUGACCAACACCCGCAUGACGGAUGUGGAGGUCAUGGAAUCGCAGUAUCCGGUGGUGAUUCGAGAAUUCGGAAUUCGGCCAAACAGCGGGGGCGCGGGCAAGUUUCGCGGCGGGGAUGGGGUCGUUCGGGAGUUAGAAUUCACCCACGACGACCAAAAGGAAGAUUUGGAAAUUUCGGUUUUGACCCAAAGGCGGCUGACGAAACCCUUUGGCCUCCUGGGUGGGGAGAGCGGACAAAGUGGACGCCAGGUUCUGCUGUACCCCGAUGAAUCGGCCGCGAUGGGAAGGUCGGAAAGCUCCAAGAGGCAUGCAGCGGACGAUGAUGUUCCGAGUCUGACGCUUCCUACUGUGGUUCAGCUGAAACCUUCGCAACACGUCGAAAAAGUUCCAAGGGGCACCAGAUUGAGGAUAGAAACACCGGGAGGUGGCGGCUACGGCGUCAAGUCCACAAGUCGCAUUGAUGUUGGCAGGCUGGAUGGGACUAGGGGAGGAAAACAGCAGCAAGAAGCCUUCAGCGCGCAGCUACGUCAGCAGAUGACGGGCUCUGUUGCUCUGUCUUCGAAUAAUGUAGAAUUUUGA